AUGGGAUGUGUUUCGUCUUGCUUUCGAGUCGAAGACAUUGAUGAGUACAUGAAUCCAAGUAGCUCUGUAUAUAGGAACUGUCCCUGUAUAAGAUGCCUUGUUCAUAAUUUCCUUAACCUGUAUAUCUCGGUAUUCAGAAGAGGGGAAACCCGCUCUCUACCAUCUUCGGUUCAAGCUACUUCAUCGAUAACUUCAUCUUCUUCGCACGAUAACUUUCUCUCUGAAGCAUUCCGUUCUACUCCAAGACCUCUGCCUUAUGAUGCUGAUCCUAGAUACUUCCGCUCACUCGUCUCAAGACGGGAGAAGGGUUCAAGUCAUUCCCAUGAGGAAACUGAACCUCUAAGAAGUGAUAGCGAUGGGGAUUCUGAGUCUUUCCGCAUGGGAGGAUGCAAAUGGGCUAAUAAUAAAUCUGUUCACUCUGAUAAAGAUUCCAAAGAAGAGUACUAUACUAAAUCCGGUCUCAGGAUUUCGAAAUCAAAGUCCAAAAUGGCUGACUCUGAAGGCAUGUAUAUAUUGUCUGAAGAUGAAGAUGUGUGUCCAACUUGUCUUGAAGAAUAUACAUCAGAGAACCCAAAGAUUGUAACAAAAUGUUGUCACCAUUACCAUCUUAGUUGCAUUUAUGAAUGGAUGGAAAGAAGUGAAAACUGUCCCGUCUGCGGAAAGGUGAUGGAAUUCAACGAAACACCGUGA